GAGCGGAGCAGGGGCUAAACCCAGCAAUAAAACACAGACAAAACCGGACGCUGCGGUAUGAGAUAGCUCCACUGGGCAGCGGCUUGUCUUUCUUUUGUUGAGACGCCGGUUCCUUGUGAGCGGAUACACGUUUUUUUUUUUUGCCCACCUGUGGGUUUGUUGUAACCCGGUGUCCCGGGGCGGCAGAUUGACCCGACAGGAGGAAAAGUAUGGAGUGUAAAGCUAAAUCCGGUGCUGCAGCAAAGAAGUUAGUUCAAGCUCGUCUGCCCUUCAAGCGCCUGAACCCCGUCCCCAAGCAGAAUGGGGAGUCUGUGGAGCUCAAGAAACCCCGCCAGCACGGCCCUUCCAGCACCCCUAAACAGCACAUUCACACCUCUGCCAGCGACGUGGAGAAUGAGCACUACCCCUCCCUGCAGCUAGAGGCGCCCUCCGCAGACACGCUGGUCAACGGCAGGGGGCCGCUGGACACGUUCAUGAGCCGGGCUGGAGGGAGGGGCGGGGGCAAAGGGAAGAGCACAGACACUCCCUGCCUGACCAUCGACCUCACUGAGGACUCCAACUCAGCCCCCUGCCCGGCAGACCACACUACUGUGAGAGAGAGCAAACUGAACCAGGACAGCACACUGAGAGAGGACGAAUUGAACCAGGACAGCACACAGAGAGAGGAAGAACUGAACCAGGACAGCACACUGACUGGCACGCUGCCUAGCGGGGGGGCCCGUCCCCCAGCUGACGUUGCCAUGGACACAAGUGCGGCCGACCAAUCAGACUGCGAGAUGGAGAUGAGUGUGAACAGGGACCUGGAUUCCUCCAGCAGGACUGGCAAGGAAACGACCAGCAGCAGCAAGACAAAGAGGACCCCCAGAGCAGGGCCAGAGCCUGGGGAGCAGUACAGGGAAGGGGCGGCCAAGGAGGGGGACCCUCCAAGGACUGAGAGUCUGGAUGAGAGUCGGGUGACAGAGGAGACGGAGGAGGAAGAGCUGAGUCCAGAGAACGACUCUCUCCUGUCUGCCUCCUCAGUCAGCUCUCUGUCCGCUGCAGAGAGCUCUCCCGAGGGGGGCAGGAGCACGGCCUCCCGCAGCGCCAGCACCGCCACGCACAAGCCGCAGACUCCAAAGAUCAAGGGACACACAGAAGAAAAAGCAAAGAGGCGUUCGCUGAAGGACCAGGAGCGCGAGGACAAGCGCAUCAAGCUGCAGGCGGAGAAGGAAGAGAGGGAGAGAACGAGGGAGGAGGCAAAGGCUGCCAAGGAGCGAGUGAAGGAAGAGGCGAAGAAGAAGAGGGAGGAGGAGAAGGAGGCCCGGGAGAAGGAGAAGCGAGAGAAGAGGGAGAAGGAGGAGAGAGAGAAAGCUGAGAAACUGCUUGUGAAAGAGGAGAAGCGGAAAGAGAAGCAGGAGGCUCUGGAAGCCAAGCUAGAAGAGAAGCGUAAGAAAGAGGAAGAGAAACGGUUGAAGGAGGAGAAAGAGCGUGUGAAAGCAGAAAAAGCAGAGAUCAGGAGGUUCUUCCAGAAACCCAAGACCCUACAGGCUCCCAGGACUCUGGCUGCAGCCUGCGGGAAGUUCGCUCCCUUCGAGAUCAAGGAGAACAUGACUCUGGCACCCCUGACCCGGGUUCUGUGUGACCAGGAGGUUCUGGAGCAGCUGGACCAGUACCUGCAGGCACCGGACCGGUCUGCAAACGGGCUCCUCGAGUGGAAGAACCGCAAGCCUCGUCGGAGUGGUCCGACCAACCCCAGAACCAGUGAUUGUGUGGUUCUGGUGGAGGGUAGCAAGCCUGACGGAGUCCCAGCCCGAAAGGAGUGCGGUCGCAUGAAGCUGAUUCACUUCUGUGAGAAUUACCGUCCGGCCUACUGGGGCACCUGGAGGAAGAAGAGCAGCAAGAUCAAGCCUCGCAGACCCCUGAGCCAGGACAAGGAGCUCCUGGAUUACGAGGUGGACAGUGAUGAGGAGUGGGAGGAGGAGGAGCCGGGAGAGUCUCUGUCGCACAGUGAAGGGGAUGAUGAUGACGAGGGGGGAGGGGAAGCUGCAGGAGACGAUGAAGAUGAUGACGGCUUCUUCGUUCCCCACGGUUACCUCUCUGAUGGGGAGGGGGCGUCGGAAGAGGAGUCUGCGGACCCAGAGAACCAGAAGGUGCGUCAGAAGCUGAAGGCGAGGGAGUGGGACGAGCUGCUGUCGAAGGGCAGGGUGAAGGUGCUGCAGACUGUGGUGCUGGGCUGCGUGUGGGAGUGCGAGGGGCCCCCCGAGGACACAGUGCUGAGGACCCUGCGGGACUAUGCUGUGUGUGUGCUGGACACGAAGCUGGGGGACGAGGCGGGGACCCCCGAAAGCAUGAGCAAAGAGAAGAGGGAUGAUCACAUCCUGUCCCAGAUGCUGCCCCUGCUCCACGGUAACGUGAACGGCAGCAAAGCCAUCAUCCGGGAGUUCCAGGAGUGCUGGCGCGGGAGAGCGGGGCUGCCCAGCCCCCCGGACUCUCUGGCAGGCAGCAGCGAGGACAGCGUGCCCUCGAAAUACCGUCUGAAGCGGCUGAUCUCGGAGAGCGCGGUGUACGAGAAGCGGCCGGCGCUGCGGCGCUGGUGCUGGUACGUGCACGAGGCCGUGCUGAAGAGGUUCUCUCAAGAGGAGCUGCCCGUGCCAUGCCAGUGGAGCUACAUCACCCAGGUGCCCUAUGCAGGCAGGGAGGAGGCUGGCACUGCGGGCACGGGAGGGGGCAGCACACACAGCAUCCCCCUCUCCUCCUCAUCGUCACCGGCAGCGUCCGGCUCGGCCAAGAGAAAGCAGAAAGGCAGCAUGUCCAUCACCAAGUUCAUGAGGAAAUCCAAAGGGGCCGAGCAGCAGUCUGAAGGGAUGGAGACAGACGGGUUCCAGGCUGACACAGAGGAGGAUGAGGAUGAUCCAGACUGCGUGAUCAUACAGAGCACAGACUCUAAGCAGAGCUGUGCUGACAGUGUCCAGAUGGAAGUGGUUUCCUCCAGCCCCUCCCUGCCCCUAUGCCUCUAGAGUCUGAACCCUGGCAUUUCCAUGCUGACGUGUUGUUUGCAUGCAGGCCGUUAUUUUACUGUGUUCAUGUGUCUGUGUUUUUAAUAUAUUAAAUGUUCUUCCGUGUGUGUGGACGGAUUCGUUUUUUAAAUACUUGAACAAAUGUCAGUUCUUCUGUAUAACGGUGAAACAAAAAAAAUGUUUAAAGGAUGUCACUUUUUGUCCUGUUCCCUCGUGUGUGAUUCCCCUCCUCCAGUCCUUUCUGAGAGAGCUGUUCCCUCGUCUGUACGAUUCCCCUCCUCCAGUCCUUUCUGAGAGAGCUGUUCCCUCGACUGUGCGAUUCCCCUCUGAGAGAGCUGUGUCUGGCAGGGCAGUGCCUGCAGCUUGGCAGGUUGCUUUUCAUUCUGGGAUUGGUGCUGUGGAGGGUUUCAUCUUUGUUCCCUCCUGAACUGACAUUCAUACUUCAAUGCAAUUUGUUUUUUGUAGAGGGUUAGGUACUCUUAUUAGGAGACGGGAGAAAUGUUUCAUAAUCAGUUGUGUUUUAAAAAAAAAAAAAAAAAAAAAUUUUUUAAAUAAAGCAUUAUGUAUAUUAAACAAAAAAAAGAAUCAGUAAUGUCCAGUGCUGUAUUGCUGUAGUGCGUCACUCAGUGUUGUUUUGUAGAGCCCAGGUCCGUGUGUGAAGUCUCUCUGCACAGCAGUGCUCUGAACGAGGCUCCUGUUGCAUCGUUCACGCUGUUCUCUCCAGGCUGGGUGCUGAGCUGCAUCUCCUCUGAUAAUCCUCGACGGGUUUGCCUGCAUUGCCCACAGUGUUGCUGAGCUCACAGUAACCUUCAAUGGACUGCCCUUGAUCUGGACUUCCAGCCCAGUCCCAAUGCUGGCAGGACUCCUGUAUUCUAAAUCACUGUGGUUUGUGAUUUUAUUUUUAUUGGCACUUUCUGGGUCAUCGAGGAGCUGUUUGUGGGGAGGAAUGGGGCCUCCUUCAAUGGAAGUGGACACACUGCGACUGAAGCACUGGAUGAACUGCAGCUAGUUUUCAAAUCCUGGCGCUGCAGCUGCAGACUUGCUGGGCUGCUCAAGGGCAUGAAUGAGGGGCCUCUGUUUGUUCAGUAAUUUUAGUGUUUGUUUUUGUGUGUACAGUAAAUUUUUGAAAUCUGUUU